CUUGGAACACCAAAGCGAGCGAGCGUACAGCAGGUGGUUGCACCUCGGCGACGGGCGAUUUGUUUUUAGUUCUCCGUUCCCAGACCGUACUAUUUUCCCCUGCUAGCGGUCCACGGCACAUGCCUACUGCCUGGUCGUUAGGCAUGCGCAUUAAUUCAAAAGUGUUGCAUCCCAGGUGUUUUGCCUGCACGUGAACCGGAAAGAAAGGAAUUGCGUUGACCGUUUGUCGCUGUUCUUGAACACGUUUUAAACUAGUUACUAGUUUCUUGGAUUAAAAGUAAAAUGUUUCACAAAUUUAUAUCGGCACAAACCACGCGCUCACGACCGUUGCACAAAUCUCCCGCCAAAAACCGCACUUCGAAGCGAACCAGUCCCGUUGUAAACGCAAAUAAACGCUUUAUUUACCACCUGGACCCUCCGCACGCACAUUCCUCGCCUCUCUACUGUGCGGGUCCGACGCGAAGGUCACGCACCGUGUUUCGACUAUCCGCGGCACCGCAAACACGAACGGAAAACAGCAGCUAAACGUUUCGUCAUCCCGUGCGAGUUACGUGCUUGUGGUUUAGCCUGUGGUGAGGUAGAAGGGGUACACAACAACAUAAGCAACACCCACGCAAGCGCAGCCGAAAGCCGUAUUUGGACGAGCACCAGCAUCAGCGAGCGUCGUCGUCGUGAUCGAUCGUCGGUCGGUGUGUCGGUUUUUUAGCACAACAUCAAGGAGGCGGCAAGGAAAUGGAUUCAACGUUGCACGAGCUGCGCAAGGAACCGUCGGUGGCGGAGGUGCAACGGAACGGAAAUGGAAAACAGGCCGUACCGACCACGGCAACCGGAUGGUAUGAAAAUGGAUCGAAACACGACAGUGAAGUGCAGCGGCCACGCAGACUCUCCUUUAACGGAUCGGACAUGGAACUGUCCGACCUGAAGGGAGCAAAGAACGGCGGCACCAGCAGCAGCACCCCUGGAACGGCCAUCGAUACGAAACAUAUGCUGGUGCUGCUGGCCCUUGCAACGACAAUUGCUGUUUCCGUCCGCUACCUGCUUCCAGCGGUGGAUGCAACGACGAUGCGCGCGUUGGCGUCACAAGUUUUGACCGCACUCGGAAGCUUCUGGCAAGAUCUGACGGAACGGGCCAGUCGCCUCCGGCCUGCUAUGGCCAGCUGGACUAUGGAGCGUGUGGUGCCGCGAGCCGAACAGACGGCGUACGUCCUCUAUGCCCUCGGAUUCGGGCUACUGGUGUCCGCGUUCACCUGGUACGUUAUCUAUCUGGACAGCAGCAUUCCCGGUGUUAAUCCUCCGACACCGUUUUCUGCUUCCAAAAAUCGGUAUCGGGGUGGUGCGAGGGCAGCCGAACGUCGAUUCCAUCUCGGCUACAUAACCGCGUUGGUCAGCGGUUUGGUGGUGUUUAUGAUAGCGCUGCUAGGAGAGUAAAAGCUGCAACCCGCCAUAAAGUGCCUUCAAGAUUGCGAUUUUGUCGACCUAUGUAGCGAAAUGAGUUCCAUGCAUCGAGCCAAUAUUUAUUUCAUAUUUUGUAUGUUAUUACAAACUAACGCCAAUACAUUCAUAUUACACGUUACGUUCAA